AUGUGGCGGCUGUUUGGAAGGGCAGUGGCGCGGAGUGGCGGCGUGUCUCGUCGCUGGGGGCGGCGUGGGGCGGAGGCGGUCACGGGCGCCACACCGCCACCCGCGCGACGGUCGAAGAAUCCGCGGGUGCCGCGCGCAGAGGAGAAGACGGCUGCUGCCGCAGCGGCAUCCCCGCCUCCGCAGGCACCCACGCUCGCCAGUGCGGCUCCACACAACAACAACAACGCCGCCGCCGCCGCCGCUGAUAACAAUAAUAACAAUAACGGCCACGAAGUGCGCGGGUUUGCCGGGACGCCGCCGGACGACGUUGAUGCGGCGACGCACAUGUUCACGCCAACCCUCGACAUGGAGGACUACGGGGCUCCGGUCAUGGCCCCGGCGAGCGGCGGCUCCAACGAGGGGGUGCUCUCGUCUAUUGACAUGAUAUGCGAUGACCUUUUUUCGUGCAAGACGGAUGUCUUGAAGUCCUUCGCCCGGACGCGCGCGGUGAGUGGGGCGACGAAGUCGGAGCUCGUGAUGAAUCUCAUCGACCUCGCCAACCGCGAGGCGCACGGCGAGAGCCACGACCUCAGCAUCACCAAACGGGUGCUUGGCGACGUCUUCAACGAGGAGGUGCGUGUGAGCGGGGUGCGGUCGCAGUGGACGAACAAGUCGCUUGAGGCCUCCCACGUCGAGAUGGCGUGCGACGGCCACCUCAAGUUUGAGGUGAUGAGCUACACGCAAAAGACGCUGAUGGUGCGCCGCAACGCCUCGGAGUCAGCGCGGGUGCUGCGGAAACUCAUCCGCCCCUUUCAGCAGGACUACCAGCGCAUUGCGGAGGCGGCCGUAGGCGGGGUGUUCCGGAACUUUAAGGCUGAGGCGGAUCAACUCGUGGAGGCGUUGCCCGCUGUGGAGGUGGUGGGGCCCUUCACCUCCUUCCUCGUCUCGUACGUGCGCUACGCCACCUCGGGAAAUCUGCUGACCCGCACAAACGUGAUUGAGCGCCUGGAGCAGCUCGGGCUGGUGCAGAUGGCGGUGGAGGAUGGCGGCGACGCGACCCUGCAGCGUCUGAUGGCGCUACUCGACGACGCCGUGGCGGAGGUGGAGCGGCGCGCGACGUGCUUUGGCGACAAACGCACCUCGUGGGGGACAGAGACGCCGGAGGUGCUGCGCAGCAACGUUCAGGCGUUCGCGGACAGCUGGGCGCAGCAGCCGCACGGCGACGUGGGCGAUCGGGCCCCCGCCUGGGUCCACGACUUAGUACGCAUGUUUAACAACUGGGAUGCCAUUGUGCGCACCGACAUUCCCAUGCUGGAGGAUGUGCCGCGGUACAUCUUUGACUGCAUUCUUAGCGGCGUGGUCUGCUUCCACCUGCUGCAGAAGGUGUACGGUGACAUCAUCGUCCCAACAGAUGUCCCGCUGACCGUGCGCACCGCGGUGCGGCGGGCGAUGGAGGUGCACUUCAAGGACGAAGAAAAGGCGGCGCAGGCCUUGGCGAAACUCUUUGCGUACGUGCAGGCCCCUGGCGACUCCGGUGUUGUGAAGGCAGAGUUUUUUCCCGCCGUCCUCUCCCAAAUGCAGGGAGCCUUUCAUGACACGGAGCAGAGCGCCUUGCACAACGCCCGGGUGGCGCUCGUCCUGCGUGAGGUCUGCGCAACCGCCUCGCGGUGCACCCGCACCUGCGGCCUCUUUCACAUGCUCGUGAAGAUCACGGAGGACCUUCGCUUUCACUUUCGCUUCAACACCAUCUUUAAAAAGCUCAACGGCAGGGACCGCACCACGAUUCGCACCAAGUACAGCAUCAACAUGGUGAAGACGUGUGAGUACUUUGAGCAGGAGUUUGCGGUGACGCCCAUUUCCACAAAGGCGGUGGGUUUCCUGGUGAUCCAACUGAUGCACAUGUCAAUGCGCGGGGCGAGCAGCGGGAGCGUGGCCGGCAGCGGCCGCCCCAUACUGGAGCGCUUCGUCAGCGUGACUGGUCGGGAGGAGUUUUCCAUCGUGGGCAUGUCUGACAUGGAGGCGACGCAGAUUCGUGACCUGCGGGUUGCCUUCCCCCCGCAGCUCUCCUACAACUCAUGGCUGCACCAGUCAGACACGAAGGAGAAGUCGGUGUACAACGUUCUCCCCUCCGUCGCGGUGAAGGGGAGCACCAACCAGGCGAUGAUCAUCUCGCAGGCCCCGAUGAUGAAGGCCCUAGACGCGAUCUCCCGCGUACCGUGGCGCAUCAGCAAGUACAUGCUGCACGUGCAGGAGGCUAUUGUGAGGGAGGGCUACGGCUUCGGGAAGAUUCGCCCCGCCUUUUACCCGCUGCACUACUGCGCCAAGAGUCGCGGGGAUAUUUCCUACGACGCCGCGGAGGGUGCCGACGACCAAGACGACUGUGAGGUCUACAACCUGCAGCAGCGCCGUGAGUACGAGACACAGCAGGACGAGGAUUGGAAGAGCCUUUCAGAGCAGCGUAGCAACCGCAUCCACUAUCUGCAGGCGCUCCGGCAGGCCCGCUCGCUCGUGCAGUUCUCGCACAUAUACUUCCCAAAUAGCAUGGACUUCCGUGGACGCAUGUAUCCACUGCCGGGGCGGCUGAAUCACACAGGGUCGGACCCCUUCCGGGCCCUACUCGAGUACGCGGAGCCGAAGCCACUCGGUGAGACGGGGCUGUACUGGCUGAAGGUGCACUUAGCGAACAAGAUGGGGAUGAGCAAGCUCUCCUUCGAUGAGCGAGUGCAUUAUGUAAACGAGCACAUUGAGGACGUCGUGCGAAGCGCGGAGUCGCCGCUGCACGGCGACAAGUGGUGGCAGGAGGCCGCCGAGCCGAUGCAGUGUCUCAUGGCCUGUAAGGAGUUGGCGGACGCGCUCAAGUGCUCGCAGGGGGCGACCAACUUCCUCUCACGCAUUCCGGUUGCCGUGGACGGCAGCUACAACGGCCUGCAGCACUACUCGGCCAUUGGCCGCGACGCCUUUGGCGCGCAGCUGGUCAACCUGGUGCCGAGCGAGCGGCCGGCCGACGCCUACACCGGUAUUUUAAAGGAGAUGAUGCGGUCCAUCACGGCGGACGCGGACAAGGACAACCCCGUGGCGCAGCGCUGCCUUGGCACGGGGAAGGGGCAGGACUGCAACCACGUCAAGCGUAAGACGAUUAAGCGGCCUAUCAUGACGCAGGUCUACGGCGUGACCGGCUACGGCAUGUCGGAGCAGAUCCUAGACGAGCUGGUGAAGCAGAACAAGAACCACGGCCUGUGGACCUCGACCGACAUGCGGGAGAUGGCAGACUACCUGCGGGAGAAGGUGCUGGAGUCGCUUGGCGUCACCUUUCGCGAGACACAGAACUGUCGACGCUGGAUCACGGACGUCACGAACCUGAUUUGGGAGUCGCAGCCCGCGGAGCUGCGCACGGCGCUCUGCUGGACCACCCCGCUCGGCCUCGUGGUGCGGCAGCCGUACAAGGUGCGGAAGGAGAUCACUCUCUUCACGCCACACGGGUGCUCGCGCGUGCCCGGCGACGCCUUUUCCGCGGCGAGCCGAAAGCAGUUGACGGCCAUCGCCCCCAACCUGAUUCACUCGCUUGACGCCACUCAUCUGGCGAUGACGGCGAUUGAGAUGCAAAACAUCGGUCUCUCCAUGAUGGCCGUGCACGACAGCUACUGGACGUACGCCUGCGACCUCCCCGUGCUGAGCAAGGUGCUGCGGCAGCAGUUCGUGACGCUCUACAGCAAGUACGACCCGCUCUGGGAGCUGAAGGAGCAGUGGGAGGAGGCGUACUUUAUGGACCUCAGGCGGCACGGCACGCUCCUGCCGGAUCCACCAAAGCGUGGCGAACUCGACCUGAGCGUGGUGCUCGACUCGCCGUACUUCUUCUCCUAA